AGCAACGGAGAUAACUCUCCUCAGAUUCCUCCAAGACCUCCACAACAUAAUCCAUUUAGUGAGCAUAAUCUCUCCAAAGGUAUUCCUGAUGACGCACGAGAACGCUACGAGGAAGUCUUUGAAGCAAAAAAGAGUAGCGAUGGCUAUAUUGAUGAUGAAAGAUUGAAAGGAAAUCCUGUUCCUGACAUGUUACCUCGAGGGUUACUUUUAUGA